AUGGGUGUAAUAGAAGAAUCCCACAGUGACUGGGCCAGCCCGGUGGUGCUGGUUCUGAAGACUGAUGGCUCUGUGUGGUUUUGUGUGGAUUAUAGAAAGACUGAAGCGUCGGACAGGGGAUUUGGAGCCAUGUUGUACAUGGUGGUGGAGGUGAAGGAGUGCCUGGUGCUAUACAUCAGCCGAAAUCUUUUGGGGAGGGAGGUGAGGGACAGCACCAUUGAGAAGGAGUGUCUGACCAUCAAGCCAGCACUGCGACCAGAGUAUUUAAAGAAGGUAAAUAACCUUGAAGGUAAUAAUCUUUUAAUAAAGAGGUACAGCUUUUUUUGCUAUGCUGAUCUUCAUUUUAUUGGCAGGGUACUGGAACUGCUAACAGCGAUAGUCUCUGGUUUAGUCAAACUUGAUGAAGCAAAAGCAGAUCAGUUACUAUGACAAACCAACAAUCUACUGCUGUUCAUUCAGACCCCCAUUGCUAAGAGACUGCUGAAGAGAUAUUUCACAGAAGUGUCCCUUGAUCCUACCACCGCCCACCAAAAGCUAAUUAUUUCAUCUGCAGGGGGCUGUGCCACUUUCAUGGAUGUAUAACAGGAUGUCCUUGAGGAUGAAGUACACUUUGACACCACCCUUAAUAUGCUCAGCCUCCAGUGCUGGAACUCAAGCCACCAUUACUGGGAGGUAGAUGUGAGUGGAAAGAUCUACUGGGAUCUGGGUCUCACCUACGCAUCCAUCCCUAGAAAAGCCCCAAAGGAGGACUGCUGGCUGGGCUGGCAUGCUGAAUCCAGGUGUCUGGAGUACUUUGAUGGUGACUGCAAUGCCUGGCAUGGAGGUACUGCCCAUCCUUCGCCCAUAUCCAAUGGCUUCCAUAGGAUAGGGAUCCUCUACAGCUUUGCUGGGGGUAUCGUGACAUUUUUGGUUGAUAGCUUGACACCACUUAUCACAUUCUGUGCUGGGACAUUUACAGACUCUCUGCAUCUGGCUCUUUGUCCAGGUCGUGAUCUUUACGGGAAAAACUCAAAACCUAUUUAGAUCUGUCAAUUCUAA